GGAUAAGACAUCUUGGUUAAGUAUGCUAUAACCUAUAAUAGAUAGUUUCAAAAAAAUCUUUUAUCAACUUAUAAUUCCUCUAUACCUAAAAGAAAUCUCCUAAUCAUGCAUUGUCAUUAUCAGUUUGAUAAGAUUUUUAAAAACGAGCCCCUAUUGCUAUCGUAAACCAAACCAACUUACAAUCACACUUUUUUUUUUAAACAUGAGUUCAUUAGAUAAACGAUUGGGCCAAGCCCACAAAGGGAAGUGUACAAGCAAACCAGCAGAUAAGGCAUGAAAAGAAACCCAAAAAAAGAUGCCCAAAAGAAAAACCCGAGAGCCCAAUAGGGUUCAGGCCCAGAGCCAAAACAAAUAUGGGUCUCUCCAAACCCUAACCGCAAUGUGCCCCCUCAAAGUCUCCUCCACCGCCGCGGCUGUGCUCCGCCCCGCACCUGACCCGUCGCCACCACCAAUCCGAAUCAAGUCAUGGAACAUGCAGUCAUGCACCCAUCCGACCCGGAAGGCGAGAAUCGGAGGAGAACCACCACCAAACCUCCCUCCCAAGCCGAAUGUCGAGCCCAUCCCGCCGAGAACCACGAGAACCAAACAAACCCGACGGCAGGUGGAGAAGACAGAGGGUUAGAAUACACCAGUCUUCGAGCUCUUCCACCCGGGUCCUCGCCAAAGGCUGCAUCUCCGGAUCGCCAAGACCUGCAAGGAGAAACAAGGAGGUAGACCAGAGGAGAGGAGAAGACUAGCUGGAUCUGAAACAAAUCCGACCUCCAUCGCAUCUAGAACCGGACAUGCAUCUUUAGAUCUGGAAACCAGAUCGAAGGACAAACCGUCAACCCACAAACGGGGGGCAAAAGGAACCCAUCAAAGGGUGAAGAAAUCGACCACAAAGAGGGGAAGAACGAACAAAGACUUGGAUGGAAAUCGAAAACCCGCAGAAAGGGAACAAGAGGAAAACCAAACAAAAGCAUGAGAAGAAGCAAAGCAGGAAGAGCAAGGAGUGAAAGGGAGCGCGGAGGGCUGCCACCGGUCGCCAGAGGGACGCCGACGGCAGCCCCCUGGCUGCCAAGAAAACGAGUCUUCUAGAGAGAAGGCAGAGAAAAGGAAAAAAAGAGAGAGAAAGUUGAUGUCUACUCCGCUUUCCGAACUUACAAUCACACAAAGAGUGCAUUUCUUACUGCUAUUUGCAUAAUUUAUUAGUGGUUUCACAUACUAUAUAAUCGUUUAUCGUAAUUACUCAUAAUAUUCCUACAUAUUAUUAGCAGUAAGUUGCCGUCAUGAGUAUUUUUAUGAUAUAUUCAUACUUCUGAGUUCUAAUUUCUGAACACGUGAUAAUGCCAAAAAAAAAAAAAAAUCAGCACCCACCUUAGGGACAUAAACCCAAAACUACAGACUGGCUUCGUCAAAUCAUGUUGUUAGGUCAUCCUACAUAAGUGUGUGGUGAUCAUAGUUCUGAACUAGUGUAAGCUGAUAGCCCAUAUUCUUCGCGAAGAGAUAAGGAAUUGAACUACUAACCGAAUAUACAACAAAAAUAAAGACCCCACUGUCUUUAUUAGAGAAGGAAAAGCCAAGGGAAAGGGAAAAUUCAACGAAAAAUAUGAAACUUGAUAUAGACUAUUACCUUACCAAAUAAUAAAAAGAAUUGAUUCAAAUAAAAUCUGUCAAUCUUAUAAUUAUAGGAUCAAUUUGUUUUUAUUGAGUACAUUAUUGUAUCCAUCGUACAACAUUAUGUGGAGAGGGCUAAAUAAAGUCAGCCUUACCAUUGAUAGGGCCCUUCGUUGAUUAUGGGAAAUUUUGGAAAUGUGAUAUCAGCAUGAAAACUGCCUGGGUCUGUCGGUUGGCCUCUAUGCCAACUCCAUUUUUUUUGCCAUACUUAUUUGCGGAGGGAAACAACAUACAUACGACAAUAUACAAGAGUUUUGCAGGCCAAACUAUAAAAUAUAAGGAAGAAAAAUAUGAUGGUUGAGAGGUGUCCGAAAACAAAUAAGGUCCCAGAGGUUUCAAUUUCGGUUUUGAACAAUUGCCUAAUUCGGGUUUCGAUUUCCAAUAAUUUCCGGUUCCGUUAGUUUACCAAGUGAAAAUUUUAUUGAUUUGAGUACAUCAUAUUCGUUUGAAGUCAGGAUUCAACUUAGUAGUAGGCCUAUUAAUUCCUUUGACCCACCAAGAGCAUGAUAUGGUUAUUUUUUGGGUUUUUUAUCCUAUCACUCCCCUGUAAAAUAUGCUUCAGUAAAUUUCUUAAAAACCCCGUUAAACAAGAUGAUGUGGGUAAAUGAUUUAUGGUUGAUGUGCUAUUUUGGCAUAAAAUAGGUUUAAAAGGAGCUAGGCCUAAGGUCUGUGUUGAGACUUUGCCUAGCGCCUAGCUCGCCUAGAUAUAGACUAAGCGUGAUUAGGCGUUGGAAGAAAAAUAGUUAUUCGUACUACAUGAUGAAUGAAAUAAUAAUCUACAGCAAUUCCUCACUUUAGUUUAAAAAAAAAGAUUAAUAACUUACUCAACAUUUAAUGACAAGAACAUAGCUCACAAAUUCAUAGAAGCAUAGCCCAAUAACUCACAAAGUUCUUGAGCUAUUGAAAAGAUUGAUAUAGAAAAUUGAUUUUGUAGUUGACGUUAUUUUUCUCCUUUAAUAUUGACUUCCUUGCUCCAUCUAGUUAUGUUUAGGAGAGACUUAUAUGUCACCUUACUUCAUUGACAUGUUUCGGUAUCUAGCUAGGCGCGAAACCCCUAGGUGAGGAGUUUUGUCAUUGCUUUGCGUCUAGACGUGCCUAAACGUAAGGUUAAUCGUGACUUUUUGAAAAUUCAAUCAUUAUUUAUAACUUAUAAGUGAAUUGAUCAAUACAUCAUAUAUAUAUUCGUUUGAAGUCAGGUUUUAUCUUAGUAUUAGGUCUAUUGAUUCCUUUGUCCCACCAAGAACAUGAUAUGGUUCUUGAAAUUAUGACAUCUAAAGUGAUGUUUUAUGAGAGCAUGCAUGUGAAUGUAGUUGGGAUGUAACAUCAAGACCGCCCUAAUUACCCACAAAACAUGGCCAUGGGGAGAGUUGCCCUGAAAACGCAAGGCUGUGCAAUUGGAGAGCGACAGCCACUAAUUAAGACGAAGAAGGGGAGGAAGGAAGGCGCAAUAUUGUGGCCCGAAGUGAUAUGAACUUCCACCGAUAAGGGCAUGCAACAAAGUUUUAAUCUUCACACAAUCAACAGCCAAUUGAAGGCAGACAAAUAGUUGAAAGGUGAGGAUUGAAUUCCUCGAUUAUGAAUUCCAUGGAAUGAGACUCCUCGUCCUUUUUGUUUCUUAGGUUUUAGUCACAAUCGUCAUUGCCCUAAAUGCCAAAACAACAUAUCUAGUGGUACUACAUGUACGAUCGAGGUAGAGAUAACUAUUGGAUUUUGCGUUGCAGUUUUACUCCGUUGAUGAAAAAGUUUUGUAUUCGAGAUAACAUGAUAUUUCAUGAAGAGUUUUAUUGAGUGUUUUAUAAAUUUGGAUGGAUCGGUGCUUUUCACGACGGAGAAGCGUUUCAGAUAAAUUCAAGCUCUUUUUUUUCUAAUCUCUUCCAUUAGUUUAUUUCUACUACGCUCUGCGCGAAGAGAAUAGAUCCAUUACGCAAUGCCCUGAAUCCUGUAUUAUCCAUUUUUCCAUGAUUGCUAUCUUCAUGUUCAUUUUUUAACAUUUUGUUACAACAUUCAUUGGUGCGAUGGAAAGAUCAUGAGUGUGAUCCUUGAACUCCAGCCGUGAACUCAAAUCAUGUCGUGGUCUUCAAGCUGCAACUGUAAUCUUCCUGCUCCCUACCUAAUACCUCUAGUCCUCUACGCUUUCACCAAUUCGACCUCAGUUGUUCACCGGCACUUACACUUGUCGUCAAAACUUGUCAAUAUCGUAAUACAUAGAAGCAAUCAUAGACUAAAAUUUGUGAUAUUUGAACUCAAUCACAUCGAAUCGACUAUGACAACACCUAACGAAGUAUCGAAGUGUAUAAUCUAGUCGUUAUUACUUUUCCUUAUCUAUUUUAUUCCAAUAGAUCCUUUUGACAGCAAUAAUAAAAAAAAAAAGUUUCACAAAUUGUUAUGGAUAUUCUGUAGUGCCUUACCAAUAUGGAAACCCUACAACCUAGGUCAAAUGGUCAAUCAUACAAUGAGUGAGAUGAAUUCAAUUCAUUAAAUAAAACACAUGCAAAUUGCAAUCACUAUAUACCGAUAUUAUUAGUAUCAUCCUUACAAUAAUAGAUGGUCUCCAAAUUAUUUGAGACACAUGAGUUCUUCUCAUUUCACACCUCCUUUAGUCGAGGCCAUAAAUGGUGAGGUUGACGUCAAUUUGUUUGAUAAAGAACCAAUUGAAAAGUACAUUUACCAACAAAUCAAAACCAUAUGUAAUGUAGUUGGACUUGGACAGCAUACCCACCGAAGAUCUAUAGCGAGAAACGAAAGAGUUUAUGAUGACUAGUAGCACUUAACGAACACUCGAUUGAUAUAAAGAAACUAAAGGCAAAAGGUAAAGCAACAAAAUGGGCAACUAAGGAUGGUAAGCGUGGAACUACAAAAGGUAAAGCCUCAAAAAGUAAAAAGCCUAAUAAGAAUAACGUGAAAGGGAGAGAGGGAUAUCAGUUGGAAAAGAGUCAAAAGACACACACCCAGUUUUUUUUUUUUAGGGUUAAUGUUUUCGUAUGACCUGAACUUUGACCAAAAUAAACAUCCUGGCCAAUCUUUUCGAUCUAUAACAUCAUGGCCCGAACUAUACACCAAAAUAAACAAUUUGGCCAAAUCCGAUGUUUGAUCGUUAACUUGGACGGUCAAACGCAUUGACUAACGGUCAACGCGCCACGUCACUGCCAAGUCAGAAGAUCUAAUAAAUAUUUAAUUUUUUUCGUUUUGUUAUUUUUGGUUUAACUUAGGUAUUAGAUGAUUUUUUUUAAUUUAUAAUAAUUUAAAAUUAGGGAAUGUGUGGAAAUUGUGAAAUAUUUUAAAUAUUUUAUGCUGACUUGGCAGUGACAUGGCGCGUUGACUAACGGUCAACGCGUUUGACCGUCCAAGUUAACGGUCAAAAGUCGGAUCUGGCCAAAUUGUUUAUUUUGGUGUAUAGUUCGGGCCAGGAUGUUAUAGAUCGAAAAGAUUGGACAGGAUGUUUAUUUUGGUCAAAAUUCAGGUCAUACGAAAAUAUUAACCCUUUUUUUAACUCCCUUCUUUAGUUGUAAAUUGUAAUUGCUUGAUAGUAUUCUAGAUUUGUUUUAGGGUUCGUCUGAAGAACGGAUUUAGGACGUGGAUUCAUUGAAUUCUUAGAUUUUGUAGAAAGUUACAUUUUUUUUUCCUUUCUAUUGUGGAUUUUACUUUUAGAGAUUUUGAAUCUCUACAAUCUAUGGAUAUCAAAUCUCUCAUAAUUAGAGAGAUUCUAUAUCUUGAUUCGUGAGAUAUUUUUUCUCUUCCUUUUAUUUAUUUAUCACAUUAAAUAUAUUUAUCAAUAAAAUUUUUAAUAUUUCUCGAACAACUCUAAUUUUUUAUUAAGGUUAAGCAUGCUAUUUAAUAUAAAAUUAAUUUUUUUAUUUUCAUUAAAGGUUAACAAUCACAGUUACCAAAAAAUAAAUAUUUUAAAAUUUGUUUUCAACAAUCCGGAGAAUUAAAAUCUUUAGAUUGUUAACAAUUUAUAGAUUUAAAUUCAUAUUCUCCAAACGACCCCCUAAUGUAUUUUGUAUGAGUCAUCGUGUCAAAUAACUUGUUUGGCCAUAAAGAAUAUUAUGGAUUAUUUGAAACCUCUCGAAUUAUUUAUAAAUUAUUUAUUUUUUCUAAAUUAUUUUCCAAUCAUAAUCCUGUCAUUUUUUUUCUUCAUAAGCUCAAUAAUAUUUUUAUUUUAUUUUUUGUUUUAAUACCUUCCAAUUAUUAUUCAAUUGUACUUCCAAUGAUUUUCCAGUAAAUUAAAAUAGUCUUU